UUAGUGUCAACCAUACAAUAAUUUAUAUUGUUUUUGGUUGAGGUGAGUUUAACAAGACAAUUAAUAUCCUAAUAUUAACUACCUAUUAAAAAAGUAAAUGGUUUAAAAAAUAAAUAGUUUUCUGUUUUACUUUGUGAUUAUGAGCACAUCAUAACCCAUUAAAUACACAACUUACUGUAAAUAUACCCUUUAAGUGGUGUACCUAUAUAGACAUAUAAUUAAUAUGUAAUAUGUAUUAUGUGUAAUACAGAAUUGGAUAGUAUGCAGUUAAUCAUCAUUAUGAGCUAUUUAAACAUUUUGUGGACAUUCUAAAAAUAAAUUAGAAGAUAAUUUCAUUUUUCCUUCAUUAUAAAAGGUAAUAAAAACACUAACUUAUUUUUCAUAAUUGGUUGAAGAUGAUCUUAAUUUUAUGAAUAUAAAUUUUUAAUUAAUAAUUCAACAUUAAAUUGCUUAUAAUUGUGGUGUUCUAAAAGUUUAAAUCAUUAAGUAAAAAAUCAAAAUUAGAAAAAAAUUCACUUGGAUUGCCAUUUUACAAACACCUCAUACUGUGGUUACCUAUUUACCUAUUAAUUUAUAGAAAAAGUACUUAUAAAAAUAUUAGUAAUUAUUAAAUGGACUGUCCUGCAUAUAAUGUAAAAUUUGAUACUGAUAAAACAUCAGUUACUUUAUUGCAAGACAUAUUAAAUAAACAAGGAGUACGCACUGUUCAGUAUGAAUUGCUACAAAUUGAAGGAGCUGUUAGUGCGCCCUCAUUUCAGUAUCGUGUCACRGAUGGAAGAUUUGUUGCUUAUGGUCAAGGAAAAUCAAAAAAAGAAGCUAAACAAAAUGCAGCUAAGGCUUUACUACGUAUUAUUCAUAAAGAGUUUCCUGAAUUAUGUUCUGAUUCUUUAUUUGAGUCUCAAAUUGAUCUUACCUCAGACAUGAAUGAAACGUUUGAAACAAUGAAUUUUGGAGAUAAUGAUGAACGUAAUCCAAUUGGUAUGCUUCAGGAACUUUGUACAUCUCUCCAUCUUCCUCCUCCAGUUUACAUAACAGAAUGUGAAGAUGGUCUUCCACAUCAGCGUUUAUUUACUGUUUCGUGUAAUGUCUCGGAAUACAAGGAAACUGGUGUAGGCAAAUCUAAAAAAAUUGCCAAACGACUUGCUGCUAAUAAUCUUUAUUUGAUGUUAAAAAGCAUUCAGGCAGAUCUCAGUCUAAACUCUGGUGCAGCUGAAAACGUAGAUGAUUUUGUUCGUCAAGAGUCCAGCAAUCUAAGCGGMCUGAAAAAUUCUAAAUCUACUUCUCAAUUUUAUAGGUUACCUGAAAUUCAUAGGCAUUUACCAUUGAUUUUAGACAAUUUUACUGCUGAGCAAGGACUUAAAGUAUCAUUUAUUGAUUUUGAAGAACUUUCAAGCUCUGGAAAAUAUCAAACUUCUCUUCAAGUUUCUACUCCCAUUACUGUGGCUUUUCAUGGUGAAUCCACUAUUGGCUAUGAAAAAGCUCAACAGGAUGCUGCCUAUAGGUCAUUAGUAUUUUUUAAAUGUAUAUUAAAUAAUAGUGCAUUAAAUUUGGUGACAGUUACUUAAUUAAUAUUAAAAAG